AGGGCUCCUAAAACUUGAAGAUGAGGUGUUUUUUACUGCUGGUAAUUAUAGGAAGCUUCAUAGUUGUACCUUUGAGAAGUAAUCCUGUUAGUCUAUCUCGCUCAAAGAGAUCCUUUAGUGAACAUCCUAAGGGUUACUGGAGCAAGAAACUGACUUGGAAAACCGAAUGGGUGAAAGUUUGGAAGCACGAAAAAAAGCUCAAAUGGGUAGCGGAAUGGAAAAAAACUCAAGUUCCAGCGUGGAAGGAAGUACAGGUACCAAUUUGGAAAGAAAUUCAGGUUCCUGAUUGGAAAGUAAUAACGAAACCAAUUUGGAAAGAAGUUCAAGUUCCAGCUUGGAAAGAAAUACAAGUUCCUGAUUGGAAGGAAGUGAAAGUUCCAGCAUGGAAAGAAAUAAAGGUUCCCGAUUGGAAAGAAAUUCAAGUGCCUGAUUGGAAAGAAAUCCAAGUUCCUGCAUGGAAACAGAUAUGGGUUCCUGUUUGGAAAGAAAUUCAAGUACCCGCUUGGAAAGAAAUACAAGUUCCCGAGUGGAAGAAAUCGUUUGUACCCGAAUGGGUGAAAGAAGGAAUACAUGGAGAUCAUUAUUUGGGUAAAGAUCACCAUGGCAAUGAAUAUACUGCGCAUGAUAUUUGGAAGAAAAAACUUAUUUGGAAACCUGUUUGGAAGAAAGUAUGGAGAACUGAGAAAAAACAAAUAUGGAUACCUCAGAAAAAAAUGGAAUGGAAAGCCGAAUGGAAAAAAAUAUGGAAAACUGAGAAGAAACAAAUUUGGAGAACGGAGAAAGUACAAAUAUGGAGAACAGAGAAACAACAAAUUUGGAUACCCAAAAAGGAACAGAUAUGGAGAACUGAGAAGAAACAAAUCUGGAUUCCUAAAAAAGAACUUAUAUGGAAACAAGAAAAAGUACAAAUAUGGAGAACAGAAAAAGUACAGAAAUGGGUAACAGAGAAAAAAGAAAUUUGGAAAGACGUGUGGAAACAGAUAUGGGUCCCAGUCUGGAAAACGAUAGAAGUACCCGCUUGGAAAAAAGUGUCGAAACCCAUUUGGGAAAAAGUGUGGGUAAAUGUCUAUGAAGAUCAUCAUCAUCAUGGUUGGGACUAA